GUCGGUUGCUAUCAGGACGAGAGCGGGCGCCACUAACUGACCUCUUGCUGGACUGGCUAUCAACUCCCAUCCCUGGAACCAUCUUUAUUCUCGGCUCCCUGACAUAUUUGCCUUUCGAAGAGGCCAUUUUCAAUCCAGCCAUAACUGUGCUCAACCUGACCAUUUACAUAUACUUCUUCAAUACAUGGACACAAUAUAUGAGCGUCGAAGAAGACCGGAUCAACAAGCCAGAUCGGCCCAUCCCAGCCGAGAUUACUACCCCAGGUGGUGCUAAACGCCGUGGGAUGGUAUUGACUGCACCCUGGUGUGGCUUCGCGAUUUACCGCCCCGAUUUGAUUAUCGAAACAUGCAUCCUAAUCAUCGCCACGAUUACCUUGGGAAUGAAUAACCUUGGACGGCAUUGGUUCGUCAAAAAUACCAUCUGCAUGUCAGUUAUGACGUGGGGCUUUCUCUCAGCACCACGGAAGUCCAUGGGGGCAUCACUACCCAAUACCUCAAAUCACCUCCUUGCCAUCGCGGUUUGGGUGGGGCUCGUCGCCCAUUCUCAGGGUUUCCGAGAUGUUGAGGGCGAUAAGGAGACUGGAAGCUGGACACUUCCGAUGGCUCUCGGUGAUGGCAAUGCCAGACUCCUAUUUGCCUUUGGCUGUAUACCAUUCGGUUACAUGUCUUUGUGGUACAAUGACAUGGCUCAAUUGGCUCCUUGGCUUCUGGCUGGGCUGCAUGUUCUUGUCUCGUACAGGUUUAUGACCAUGCGGAACAAGAAAGCGGAUCACGCUUCUUACAUGUGGAUCCUCAAGACCUUCUGCAUAAUGUGUGGGCUUAGCUCAUUGGAAGCUGCGAGAUUAAUCUCUCCCGAACGCCCACUAGAGAUGGCCGUGUCUUAUUUGUUCUCAGGAUGGGAGGAGGUGAGAGCCUGACAGUAGAGGUCCCCACAAGUACUAAGCUUUCAUGGAGCUUAAUGAGCAUUAACUACAAUGUGUGCAGAC